GUGACCUUUGAGGACAUUGCCCUGUACUUCUCCAGGGAGGAAUGGAGCCUCCUUGAUGAGGGUCAGAGACAGCUGUACCUGAAUGUGAUGCUGGAGAACUUUGAACUUAUAUCCUCCCUGGGUUGUUGCUGUGGAGCAGAGAAUGUGGAGGAACCCACUGAACAGAAUGAUUCUGUAAGAGUGUCACAGGCAAGGAAUCCCAAGUUAGCCUUGUCUUCCAAGAAGAGCCACCCCUGUGAGAGUUGUGGACUAGUUUGGGGAAACAUUUUCCACUUGACUGAGCUGCAGGGACAGAUACUGUUGAGGUGUGGGGCAUGUGCAAAACAUUUUUAUUUCAGUGCAAAAUCUCACCAGCAGCAUGUGAGAGAGAACAUGUUGAUUAGAGGUGUGAGCAAGAUGUCACUUUCAAACAUCUGCAAUUUCAAUGUUUACCAGAAUUAUUUCACCUGUAGGGAGGUUGGGCAGGGCACACUUACCUGGUCAGGACAUCUUCAUCUUAAGGCUUCUCAGACCAGGGACAGGCCAAAUGAUAUUUCAAAGGGUGGAUUAGCAUUUCAGAGGAGAAAAAGUUUUUACACCAGAAAGGAAUUUGAGGAAGACAUUGGCAGUAGUAAUCUUCAUCAUCAUCAGACAGUUCACACUGGAGAAAAGCCUUAUAAAUGCAUUGAAUGUGGGAAAUCUUUUACCAGUAUCAGUGGCCUCUAUUAUCAUCAAAGCUUUAAAAGUGGACAGAAACCUUAUAAAUGCAUUGAAUGUGGAAAAUCUUUUAUCACUGGCAGUCAGCUUCGUCGUCAUCAGAGAGUGCACACUGGAGAAAAGCCUUAUAAAUGCUGUGAAUGUGAGAAAUCAUUUACCAAUUUGAGUAGCCUCCGUUAUCAUCAAGGUUCUCACACUGGAGAAAAGCCUAAUAAAUGCAGUGAAUGUGAGAAAUCUUUUAUUACUAGUAGUGAGCUUCGUCAUCAUCAGAGAUUUCACACUGGAGAAAAGCCUUAUAAAUGCAAUGAAUGUGGGAAAUCUUUUACCAUGAGGUAUUACCUUCAUUGUCAUCAGAGAAUUCACACUGGAGAAAAGCCUUAUAAAUGCAGUGAAUGUGGGAAAUCUUUUAUCACUAGUAGUGAGCUUCAUCAUCAUCAGAGAUUUCACACUGGAGAAAAGCCUUACAAAUGCAGUGACUGUGGAAAAUCUUUUAUCACCAGCAGUGAGCUUCGUUGUCAUCAGAGACUUCACACUGGAGAAAAGCCUUAUAAAUGCAGUGAAUGUGAGAAAUCUUUUAUCACUAGCAGUGAGCUUCAUUGUCAUCAGAGAAUUCACACUGGAGAAAAGCCUUAUAAAUGCAAUGAAUGUGGGAAAUCAUUUACCAAUUGCAGUAGCCUCCAUUAUCAUCAAAGUUCUCACACUGGAGAAAAGCCUUAUAAAUGCAGUGAAUGUGGGAAAUCUUUUAUCACUAGGAGUGAGCUUCGUCAUCAUCAGAGAGUUCACACUGGAGAAAACCUUUAUAAAUGCAAUGAAUGCGGAAAAUCUUUUACCACUAGCAUUCACCUUCAUUGUCAUCAGAGAGUUCACACUGGAGACAAGCCUUAUAAAUGCAGUGAAUGUGGGAAAUCUUUUACCACUAGCAGGUACCUUUAUUGUCAUCAGAGAGUUCACACUGGAGAAAAGCCUUAUAAAUGCAGUGAAUGUGGAAAAUCAUUUACCCGUAGCAGUGGCCUUCGUUAUCAUCAAAGUUUUCACACUGGACAAAAGCCUUAUAAAUGUAGUGAAUGUGGGAAAUCUUUUCCCAUUAGCACUGCCCUUCAUUGUCAUCAGAGGAUUCACACUGGAGAAAAACCUUAUAAAUGCAAUGAAUGUGGGAAAUCUUAUACCUGGAGUUCCUGCCUUGUUCGUCAUCAGAGAGUUCAUACUGGAGAAAAGCCUUAUAAAUGCAGUGUAUGCAGGAAGUCUUACAUCACUAACAGUGAGCUUCGUCGUCAUCAGAGAUGUCACAAUGGAGAAAAGCCUUAUAAAUGCAGUGGAUGUGGGAUGUCAUUUACCAAUUGGAGUAGCUUCUGUUACCACAAACGUUCUUACACUGGAGAAAAGUCUUAGAGUGAAUGUGGGAAAUCUUUCAAAAGUAGCAAUGGUCUCCAGUAUCAUCAGAGAGUUCACACUGGAGAAAGCUAGUAUGGGUGCAAAUAACAUGAGAUAUGUCUCAGCCAAAUUUCUAAAUUUGCUCUACACAUGUGAGUCCAAAUGAGAAUAAUUACUUAGAUGUGUACAAAAUGUAGUUUUUUAGUUAGAUCUUAACAAUAGUAUAAGAAAAUUUGUGGCCGAAGCCGGUUUGGCUCAGUGGAU